AUGACGACCGCGAUUAUCGAUGAGUUGCAGGGUUUGGGCCGUCAGGUGACGGCAGAGGAUGUGGUGGCAACGGCCAAGGCGCAUUUGAGCGAGUUAUUUCCUGCUGAUUCGGAACCUUUAGCGCCGCAGGAAAAUGGUCUGCCGGCGGUGAUCUUUGUGGUGGGUGUGAAUGGAACGGGUAAAACAACUUCGACUGCGAAGUUGGGGCAUCUUUUAAAAAAGCAGGGGCAUUCUGUGAUGCUGGCGGCGGCGGAUACCUUCCGUGCGGCCGCGGUUGAGCAGUUGGUGAGAUGGGCUGAACGACUUGAGCUUCCCGUGGUGACGGGGGCUUCGAAUGCGGAUCCUUCAUCGGUGUGUUACACUGCCCAUCAGCGGGCGAUUUCUGAAAAGAUGGAUUUUUUAAUCUGUGAUACGGCAGGGCGGUUACAUACGCGGAAUAAUCUGAUGGAGGAGUUGUCAAAAAUUCGCCGGACCUUGGGGAAACAAGAUGAGUCGGCACCGCAUCAGACUUUGAUAGUGGUUGAUGCUUCGACGGGGAGCAACGGUUUGAACCAAACGCGGGAGUUUCAAAAGGCGGUGCCAGUCGAUGGGAUUAUCCUGACGAAAUUGGAUGGGUCAGGGAAAGGUGGAGUGGCGGCUUCGAUUUGUCAGGAGCUGAAAAUAGCACCUCACUUUAUCGGAAUGGGCGAAGAGCCCGAGGCGUUCUGCGCUUUCCAGAAAGAUGAGUUUGUGAAUGGUAUUUUGUGA